GCAGAUAAAGUCUCCCGCCAGUUCCACGGCGGCACGGUGAUUGACUGUGGGGCGGUCGGGGCCGCUCCCGAUUGGCCAGCGCGCCGGGUAAAGCCAGGCGCGGGAACCGGCGCAAGGAUCCUGAGCCGCGGCAGCAGAGGGGUCCUGUUCUGCGAGGUCCCUGGAGGUGCCAUGAGCUGCGUCAACCUGCCCACCGUGCUGCCCCGCUCCCCCACCAAGACCCGGGGGCAGAUCCAGGUGAUUCUCGGACCCAUGUUCUCAGGAAAAAGUACCGAGCUGAUGAGACGAGUCCAGCGCUUCCAGAUUGCCCAGUACAAGUGUUUGGUGAUCAAAUACGCCAAAGACACUCGGUACAGCAGCAACUUCUCCACGCAUGACCGGAACACCAUGGAGGCGCUGCCAGCCUGCCUGCUCCGGGAUGUGGUCCAGGAGGCCCAGGGCGUGGCCGUCAUAGGCAUUGACGAAGGGCAAUUUUUCCCUGACAUCGUGGAGUUUAGCGAGACCAUGGCCAACGCUGGGAAGACCGUGAUCGUGGCCGCACUGGAUGGGACCUUCCAGAGAAAGGCUUUCGGGACCAUCCUGAACCUGGUGCCCCUGGCGGAGAGCGUGGUGAAGCUGACGGCCGUGUGCAUGGAGUGCUUCCGCGAAGCCGCCUAUACCAAGAGGCUGGGCACCGAGAAAGAGGUCGAGGUGAUUGGAGGAGCAGACAAAUACCACGCCGUGUGCCGCGUCUGCUACUUCCAGAAGGCCUCAGGUCAGCCCGCAGGACUGGACAGCAGAGAGGAUAAGGAGAACUGCCCGGCGCUGGGGAAGCCGGGGGAGGCCAGGGCCGGCGAGGCUGCGGGAACCAGGAAGCCGUUUGGCCCUCAUCAGGUCCUACAGUGCGGCCCCGCCAACUGAGGCCUGGGGGAGCCAGCGCCCCCUGGCGGAUGCCUGGCCCCUGCACGCUGAGCAGCCUCUGCAGAGGAGGAAGUCCUGGGAGAGACGGGGCUUGUUUCACCGGGGCUCGUUUCACUGGCAUUUGGAACUUUCGGUGGGGCUGGCGGUCUGCAGUCCCAUUUCCCUCCACCGGUCUUUCUCAGUUCCCUUCCCAGCUGCUGGUCCAUCAUGACCACCCCAGGCUGGCGCUGGCUACUGCUGACACCACUCCUCCUUCAGGGUGAAGGGCAGGCCACACGCUGUGACAUCAGCGCUGCUGGCUUCUUCCCCCUCUGUGGCUUUUACCGUUAAGUUUCUGUUCUUACUGAGAAGUCUGGACACCAGCCCCUCGUUCCACACAAAGGCUCCGUCCCUCUGUCUGGGACAGGUUCCCGGCCUGAGGAUGGCAGGACUUGUGCCCUGGACUUCCCUCUGGGCUGAAAGUCCUUCCUGUUUUGGUGGUCACUUUCUCAAGAAUUACAGCUUCCUUCACAUGGGUGAAACCCUGCUGGGGCUCAGAUCCCAGGGGUUUGCUAGUCUUUUAAGGGAGGGGGUGUUGGGGGCAAGGUCCUUUAUUCUUCUGUUGUGAAAUUAAUAACUAAUAUUGAAAUGUACCAGUUGUUGGAAGCACAUUUCUCUUUAAUGCCUGGAAUUCCCCGGCUUGCACUGUAGACACUCCAACGUGAUGUGAUGGGGAUUUCUUUCUAGAUCUUUUCCUAGUAAGACUGCUAUCUUAGCCACAACCCUUUUUAACUGAGAAAUGAUCGUGAAGCAUGUCCUAAGAGGAACAUUCGCUUGCUCUUCUACCCGGGUGGGUUUCAGGACAGAAGAACCUGGGGCCCAAAUUGGAAAGUCGAGGAGGCCGUGGUCGGUGCUGCCAGCUGGGGCUGUGAGGUCAGGUUUUGUUUGUGAAACAGACACUGGACAGUUCAGGAGCCAAGAAAACUAGCUCAGCUGUGUCUCUAGGCGGCUCAC